GACUCCACACUUGGACCCACCAUGUUUCAUCUUCUACGCUCUGCCACCACCACCACCACCUCUGCCACAUGGGGAUGGAUGGAUGGAUGGAUGGAUGGAUGUACGGAUAGACACUCCUCGAUCGACUGACAGUCCUCUCCUCUCUCUCCUAUCCCUACUCGUAACGCAAUCGUUGCCCAGUCUCCGUGCGUGCAUCAUCCUUCUAACCAACCCCCAUUCACCGACGACCCAUAACCACCGUGCCACCUCCACCACCUACAAACACCACCCGCUGCAAAAACGGACUCUUCCAAAACCCUACGUUCCCUUUCCCCAUACACAAGAUCCGCAAGUAUUGAUCAAUCAAUCAAUCACUUUCUUAAAUCUAGCCCCCGAUCCCAUCCUCCCAUCCUGUGACAAAAGACCAACCGUACGGUUCCCGCUCUUGUUACAAUCCUGAUGCGUAGCGCCCACCAAUUGUGCCUUUCGCUCUUUGCGUACGCAUGAACUCGCACUCCGGAAAUCUACCACUUCGCCCGUUUCUUCUCCCCGUCCCGUUUCUAGAAGCGGGAUCCCUUAAAUAUAAUAUCCUUCCCUGUUUGCGUUUGCUUGUACCUUUUAUUUUU